AUGGCUCCCUCAUCAGAUUCGGAGGGCGAGAAGCCCCAGGCCACCAUCAAGUCACACGCUGAGGAGCUCAGUGAGGAUGAGCUGCAGAUGCAGGCCAGCCGUCGAGUCGGCAACCCCCUAGCCGGCUUCGAUGCUGAGAAGCUAUCCAACAUGGGUUACACGUAUUGUACAUCGCAUGGCAUCACUGAUGAGGAGGACGUACGGGCCUUCCGUCUUGGUGCCGUUCUUGCGGGUUACCCCGAGGACUAUCAGACGAUCGAGGGAUUGACUGAUAUUGAGCGCGAAUCUGCUGGGAAAGAGAUUACCCAGAAAUGGAAGUCCAUCCCAACCAAGCUUUGGUUCGUCGUUUUUGUCUGCUCCCUCUGUGCCGCCGUCCAGGGUAUGGAUGAGACCACCGUCAACGGCGCUCAGGUCUUCUACAAGGAGGCCUUCGGCAUCGCGAACAAGGACAAACUACGCGACGCCCUGAUCCUCGGCCUGACCAACGGCGCCCCGUAUUUGUGCUGUGCCCUUCUCGGUUGCUGGCUGACCGCCCCCUUGAACAACUGGUUCGGUCGCCGCGGUACCAUUUUCCUCUCUUGUCUCAUCUCCGCGGCCGCCUGUAUGGGCCAGGCUCUCACCAACGACUGGAAGACCAUGUUUGCUGUUCGUCUCGUCCUCGGUCUCGGUAUCGGUCCCAAGUCAGCCACGACGCCCAUGUACGCCGCCGAGUGUGCGCCUCCACGGCUUCGAGGUGCCCUCACCAUGCAGUGGCAGAUGUGGACUGCCUUUGGUAUCAUGGUCGGAUUCGCUGUCGAUCUCGCCUUUUACCAAGUCGCUGAUGAGAACCUCAAGUGGCGUCUCAUGCUUGGCUCCACCACCGUCCCCGCCCUCAUCGUCUGCGCCCUCGCCUUCCUGUGCCCCGAGUCUCCUCGCCACUACAUGCGCAAGGGAAAGCACAUGAAGGCCUACCAGGCCAUGUGCAAGAUGCGCAUGACAAAGGUCCAGGCUGCUCGCGAUCUGUUCUACGCCAACGCCCUGCUCGAGGUCGAAGCUCGCAAGGUUGGCAACUCUGGCAACAAGCUCGCCAAGCUGUUCAAGGUCCGCCGCAACAGGAACGCCAUGAUGGCUUCCGAGGUCGUCAUGUUCAUGCAGCAGUUCUGCGGUGUCAACAUCAUUGCCUACUACUCGGCCGAGAUUUUCAUCCAUGAAGGCUUCUCCGUCCCCACCUCCCUCGCCGUGUCUCUUGGCUGGGGCACGCUCAACUGGCUCGGUGCCAUCCCCGCCAUCUUCACCAUUGACAAGUUUGGCCGUCGCCGCCUCCUGCUCAUUACCUUUCCCAUGAUGUUCGCUUGUCUUCUCUGGACAUCGUUCUCCUUCUACUUCCCAUCGCGCGAGGUCAAGAUUGCCUGCGUCACCAUUGGUACAUAUCUCUUCGCCAUUGUCUACUCCCCGGGCGCUGGCCCCGUUCCUUUUACCUACUCUGCCGAGGUCUACCCUCUCGACGUUCGCUCUCUCGGCAUGUCCAUUGCCACCGCCACGACCUGGUUCUUCAACUUUGUCCUGGCUUUCACAUUUCCCAUGCUGCGCAAGGCAUUCACGUCGACCGGCGCCUUCAGCUGGUACGCCGCGUGGAAUCUUGUCGGCUUCUUCCUGACCCUCUUCUUUGUCCGCGAGACCAAGGAGAAGACGCUCGAGGAGCUCGACGGCGUCUUUGACGUGCCCGUCAAGGAGUUCUUCAAGUUUGGCGUCGCCGAGCUCACCUACUUUGGCCGCAGGUGUCUGCUCAUGAACGUCGACGCCCCGACGCCGCCGUACAGGCAGCUCGUCGUCUCGGACGGGCAGCCCAUGGAUGAGGUGCCCGUCCCGUCGUCCAGGGCUUGA